AUGCCACCACCACCGGCACGACACAACAGCAGAAAUGGCGUCCCCUAUCCCAGACCGCCCCCGUUACGCCUUCGUUUAUGUUCGGCAACCUUGAUCAUUGUACCCCCUAACCUUGUGAAUCAUUGGUUGCAUGAGAUUCAACGUCACACCGAAGGGCUUAAAGUGUACGUUUUACGCGACAGCUCCGAUGCAACCCCCUCCCCUGAGGUGAUCCUGCAGCAGGACAUCAUUCUGUUCUCGCGAAUUCGCUUUGAAAGAGAAGCGGGCGACGCGUUGCAUAUUAGACGUCAAUCAGGAAACCUCGCGGAGUCUCCCCUGACCCAAGUCCACUGGUUUCGGAUCAUUGUUGACGAAGGUCACAACGUGGCUGGCCACGGACACCGCACCAACAUGGUGCAUAUGAUCGAUAAACUUCAUGUCGAGCGCAGGUGGAUUGUGUCGGGAACGCCGUCCAGUGGAUUGUACGGGGUAGAGGUUAGCCUGGCUUCGCAGGAAACGAACACCAGUGACACAGAUUUAACCGAGGCCACCACGGCUGUGCUUCACGGGAGGAGAAGAACGGGAAACCUCAUUGAUAACGAGCUCAAAGACCUUGACAAGCUCAAACUCAUCGUCACGCAGUUUCUUGAUGUGAAGCCGUGGUCGAAUUCUCGUGCCAACGAUCCGGCUAACUGGACCAAAUACAUCAAGCCUGUUGGCGAGGAUGGGAGACGCCGGAAGGCACCCUCGCUCCGUGCCACACUGCAGGGACUGGUCGUACGGCAUCGAAUGGAGACUAUCCAUACCCAAAUCACUUUGCCGCGGUUGCACAACAAGGUUGUACACCUCGAACCAACCUUCUACGACAAGCUGAAUCUGAACCUGUUCAUUUUCAUACUGGCGGUCAACGCGAUCACUUCGGAGCGCAAGGACCAGGACUACAUGUUCCAUCCCCGCAAUAGAAAGCAUUUGACCACGUUGAUCGGCAAUCUCCGACAGGCCGGCUUCUGGUGGGCAGGAUCUGACGGAGAUCUCUCCGGGACUAUCGACACCGCUCAGAAGUACAUGGAGAAGAAUCGGGCGCAGAUGACGGAGGACGACAUAGCUUUGCUGACAGAAGGAAUUCGCAUUGCCCAGAAAGCACUUUCUUGCGAGAGUUGGAACGCGUUCAAGGAAUUUCAUGAGCUAGGGGUUUUUAUCCAGGAUUUCCCUUCCCACGCUCGCAACAUGUGGGCGCUAACCGGAUCCCGAUCUCUCCUGGAGCCGCUUCUCAUCGGCAUCACUCAGGCUCACCAUGCCCAGAGAUUUAUCACGGCACAUCUGAAUUCGUUCGACCCCGCCGAGGGCCUCGCUGGCGCCGGGAUCAAAAUUCGUCAUCAACUCCAAAAGCGAAAGCAACAGGGCCCAGACUCUUCUAGCACCCACAAGACUAUCCCCGAUAAGCCCAUCACCACGCGGUCGCCCAAGAAAUCUUUUUCCAAAGGACUCUCCAAGAGCCUACCGACGGAGUCUCCGCUUAAGAAGACCAAGCUCGUCGCAACUGCGUCGGCCAAACUGACAUACCUGCUUGAACAGGUCCUUCAUCUCCACAAGGAAGAGAAGAUCAUUAUCUUUUAUGACAACAACAACUCGGCAUUCUGGAUCGCCGAAGGACUGGAGCUUCUCGGGGUCGAGUUCCGUAUCUACGCUAGCACUCUGAAACCCGCCCAGCGGGCCGAAUACCUCGCCAUGUUCGAGGGGACUGAGGACAUCCGAGUCCUUUUAAUGGAUCUGGGCCAAGCGUCUCACGGGCUACACAUUGCCAGCGCGUCGCGCGUGUUCAUCAUAAACCCCAUCUGGCAGCCCAACGUGGAAAGCCAAGCCAUCAAGCGAGCCCAUCGUAUUGGACAAACGCGCCCGGUAUUCGUCGAGACUCUCGUACUCAAGGACACCCUAGAGGACAAGAUCCUGCAGCGACGAAAAGCUAUGUCGGACACUGAGAUCCAGCACGCCGAGCGCGACCUACUUGACGAUAAUAUCAUGAGCAAUAUUAUCCAAAACGAGCAUUUCAUUCCCAUGUCCGAAGACGAAGACCCUGCGUCGGCGCACCUGGCAUUUUUCAAGACUCCGUCCGGCUUCUUUGAUCGUCACAAACUGUCCAUCCCGGAUGACGAAGACGGCAGUGAGCCCCAAACCCCGGUUCGCAAAUUCUCGUUGAAGCGGAAACGGCCUUCUCCUGUCGCUCUUGACAUGGACGCCGAAAGCUCUUCCGGGCCGGAUCUCCUGACUCCUCAGCGACGCAGGACCACCGUGCAGCCGGUCCUCUCACCGAAUGGGAUCCUGAUGACUCCGGGACGAGUGCGCUCUAAAUCGCCCUGGUCGUCACCGUCGGUGAUCAGCUCGACCGAAGACCAUGGCGGGAGCACCGAGGGGAUGGGGAGGGGUGAAUCGAGCGAAGGGCCGAAGAAAAAGAAGAAGACGGUGUCUAUUUUCGGAUAA